GGGGUUGGAGUGUGUGAUGAAUACUUAUACAAGUGAUUGUUGUUGUUCACUGAGAGAGAAGAGGUCUGGCCGGGUUAAAAAGGACAGUGGUGCCACGUCGGCAGAGAAGGAAGAACAAGAGCAACAGCAAGAAGACAGCAACCCCAAUCAAGCUUAUGGAUAUUUGGCAGAAGAUGAUUUUCCCCGUCAGGCGUGUUUGGCUCGCUCUCUCUGCUCGCCUCAAGCCUCGCAAAAACGGAGAAGGACUGUUGAAGCUUCAGGAUGAUGUAGAGACUUGUGGAUAUCAGGAUGUACAAGUGAUGUGGGAAAUGCUACAACGAACUGAAAGUGAAGUUAUAGAAAACCAUCAUAAGCGCAAGCAAUUUCCGUUCUGGAGGAUCUUUGUGUGGUCAAACCAGAGUGAAGUUUCGUCGGAAUCUGCAAAUCACACAUAAAACAAGACGCAAGUUUCAAGUUUACAAAUAAAACCGCUACUGAUGUAUAGCAGUCUGCAAGUGGCAAGCCACCAUCCUUUUUUAUCUUCCCAUUGCCAGCAUUGCGGAAGCAUAAUUCUUGUUCUUGGCAACUAAAACUAUGUACAUGUCAUUAUCAUAACAAAAUCUUAUGAGGUUUCUCUCUUACAACUGUACUACCGUAUGACAGUAGUAUGUAAAUAUGCAAAUACUUUGUCAAAACUCACAGCCAAGACCUUCUGGGGAAUACCUACAGUUUCUCUAACUUCAAAGCCAAUAAAUUUCAUCGGUCACUGACAUUGAAACAACUCAUUCAACCCGGAAGAUUACUACAAUUAGCUAUGGUCAUUGUUGUUAACAAGCAGCCAAGUGUUUCAAUAUGAUUAUCUAAAGUUUUGUC